ACUCACCGAUGUCGGCCUGGCUGCUUCCUUGCUAGGGCUAGGGGAAAACUUCCUUAUUAUUGUUAUUGUGGGUGACUCGCAGGGUAAGCCCGGCCCGAGCCAGAGGUGCAGCGCAGCUGGACGGAACGCGGGGAGCAGCUGCAGCCGCCGCAGGAGGAAGGAAAAAAGCUACAUGACUUGCUGAAGAGAGAAAAAAUGUUAUGUUGGGGAUGUUGGUCUUUUGGCCAGCCUGGGAUAGGUAGCAAUCUCCAAGCAAUCAUCCCUGAGCCACAGGUGUAUGGAUUCAUUCACGACCGAAACAUCAAGGAGGUGGCUUGUGGAGGAAACCAUUCUGUUUUCUUACUGGAGAAUGGAGAAGUUUACACCUGUGGCUUGAACACCAAAGGACAGCUAGGCCAUCAGAGAGAGGGAAGCAAGCCAGAGCAAAUUGGAGCAUUGGCAGAUCAGCACAUAGUCCAUGUUGCCUGCGGAGAGUCUCACAGUGUGGCACUCAGUGACCAGGGCCAGCUCUUUGCCUGGGGCGCAGGUAGUGAUGGACAGCUGGGAGUCACUACUACAGAAGAUUCUGUGGCAGUACCAAGGUUAAUAAAGAAAUUGAACCAACAGACGAUACUGCAGGUUUCCUGUGGCAAUUGGCAUUGCCUAGCUCUCGCGGCAGACGGCCAGUUCUUCACAUGGGGACAGAACAACUAUGGCCAGCUGGGCCUGGGUAAAGAAUGCCCCUCUCAAACCAGCCCGCAGCGCGUCACAUCUCUCGAUGGGAUCCCCUUGGCUCAGGUUGCUGCUGGCGGAGCUCACAGCUUUGCCCUGUCUCUCUCCGGAGCUGUGUUUGGCUGGGGGAGGAACAACUCAGGACAGCUGGGCUUAAGUGACGAGCAAGACCGAGAGUCCCCUUGCCAUGUGAAGCUCUUACGGACUCAGAAGGUCGUCUACAUCAGCUGUGGAGAAGAACAUACAGCAGUUCUGACAAAGAGUGGAGGCGUGUUCACGUUUGGUGCUGGUUCCUGUGGGCAGCUUGGCCACGAUUCCAUGAAUGAUGAGGUUAACCCCCGGAGGGUUCUGGAGCUAAUGGGCAGCGAAGUGUCCCAGAUCGCUUGUGGCAGACAGCACACUCUAGCCCUUGUGGCUUCUUCAGGAUUGAUCUAUGCAUUCGGCUGCGGCACAAAAGGCCAGCUGGGAACUGGACACAUAUGCAACGUUAAAUGCCCAUCUCCAGUGAAAGGUCACUGGGUGGCUCACAAUGGGCAGCUCUCAGGUAGAGCUGAUGCCUUUAAAUAUCACAUUGUUAAACACAUCUUCUGUGGAGGAGACCGGACUUUUGUACUUUGCUCCAAAUCUGAGAAUUCUUUGCCUGCUGAUGAUUUCCGGACCAUAAAUCAAUUACGUUACACUUGUUUAAUAAAUGAUGAAACUAUAGACGUUUGGAAACAAAAGCUAUUAGAACGGAACAACUCUAAUUCGGUCAACAGUGAAGUUGUGCAGAUAUUGUCAUCGGCUGCCUGUUGGAAUGGAAGCUUCCUGGAGAAGAAAAUCGAUGAACAUUUUAAAACCAGCCCCAAAAUCCCAGGAAUUGACCUGAAUUCCACCAGAGUGUUGUUUGAGAAGCUAAUGAACUCGCAGCAUUCCAUCCUGCUAGACCAGGUCUUAAAGAGCUUUGAAAGCUUUCUGAUUCCCCAGCUGUCCAGCUCCCCACCAGACGUUGAGGCAAUGAGAAUCUACCUGAUUCUCCCUGAAUUCCCCCUGUUUCAAGACUCGAAGCAUUACAUAACAUUAACGCUUCCUCUAGCGAUGGCCAUUCUGCGACUGGAUACCAACCCCAGCAAAGUAUUAGAUAACUGGUGGUCUCAAGUAUGCCCAAGGUAUUUCCUGAGGUUAGUGAACCUCUAUAAAGGCGCAGUAGUUUAUCUCCUGAAUGGAAGAAAAACAUUACUGAUCCCUGUCCUGUUCAGUAGUUACAUUACAGCUGCCCUCAGACUGCUAGAGAAACUUCACAAGGUGAAUCUGAAAGUUAAACAUGUGGAAUAUGACACGUUUUAUAUCCCAGAGAUUUCCAACUUGGUGGACAUUCAAGAAGACUAUCUUAUGUGGUUCUUGCAUCAAGCAGGAAUGAAAGUAAGACCAUCUAUCAUGCAGGAUGCUGUGACACUCUGUUCUUAUCCUUUCAUCUUCGAUGCUCAAGCCAAGACCAAAAUGUUACAGACGGAUGCUGAACUACAGAUGCAGGUGGCGAUCAAUGGAGCGAAUUUGCAAAAUGUUUUCAUGCUUCUCACUCUGGAGCCUCUGCUGGCCAGAAGCCCUUUCCUAGUUCUUCACGUCCGCAGGAGCAACUUAGUUGGCGAUGCUUUGAGGGAGCUGAGCAUUCAUUCAGAUAUUGAUUUGAAAAAGCCUCUGAAAGUGAUCUUUGAUGGCGAGGAGGCUGUUGAUGCUGGAGGGGUCACAAAGGAAUUCUUUCUCUUGUUGCUAAAAGAACUCCUGAAUCCCAUCUAUGGAAUGUUCACCUACUAUCCAGAAUCGAACCUGCUGUGGUUUUCAGAUACGUGUUUUGUAGAGCACAACUGGUUUCACUUGAUUGGCAUAGUAUGUGGACUUGCGAUAUACAACUUCACUGUGGUAGACCUCCAUUUCCCGCUGGCGCUGUACAAAAAGUUAUUGAAUGUGACGCCCUGCUUAGAAGACUUAAAGGAGCUGUCCCCUACGGAAGGAAGGAGUCUUCAGCAGCUUUUAGAUUAUCCUGGGGAUGAUGUAGAAGAAACGUUCUGCCUGAACUUUACAAUAUGCAGAGAAAGCUACGGCGUGACAGAGCAGAAGAAGCUAAUACCAGAAGGAGACAAAAUUACUGUGCAGAAGGACAAUAGGCAGGAAUUUGUUGAGGCUUACUUGAAUUACAUCUUCAGUCUCUCAGUCCAUGAGUGGUAUAUCGCUUUCUCCACCGGCUUCCUGAAGGUGUGUGGUGGGAAGGUCCUGGAACUCUUCCAGCCCUCAGAGCUGAGGGCCAUGAUAGUAGGGAACAGCAACUACAACUGGGAGGAACUGGAAGAGUGUGCCAUCUACAAGGGGGACUACUCCGCUACACACCCAACAGUGAGAAUGUUCUGGGAAACCUUUCAUGAAUUUCCCUUGGAAAAGAAGAAGAAAUUUCUUUUGUUCCUGACUGGCAGCGACCGCAUCCCUAUCUAUGGCAUGUCAAGUUUACGCAUCAUCAUCCAGUCCACGUCGAGUGGGGAUCAGUACCUGCCCGUAGCUCACACCUGCUACAACCUCCUCGACCUGCCCAAGUACACCAGCAAGGAGACCCUGAGCAUGCGGCUUACACAAGCCAUCGACCACUACGAGGGCUUUAGUUUGGCCUGAUCGGCACG